AUGGAGACAAAACGUUUGGCAAAUGUGAUCGCGAUCUUGUUCAGCUUCUUGGCAGUUGGGUUUAUAAGCACACAAACGGACAUUAACACGUUCGGGAUUUUUCGGGAGAAGAGUUACUACUUUGGUAACACAUUUAAGCUCAACUGGUACAAGGCGUCCGAGUACUGCAGGACGCGCGGCAUGUUUCUGGUAACGGUCAACAAUGACGAGCAGCUGAACGGUGUGGUGGAGCACAUCGAAAAGAGUGGCUUUACCAAAACGCACGGCAUCCUGCACAUGUGGACAUCCGGCAACGAUCUCGGCGAGGAGGGCCAGUUCUUUUUCGCCUCGACGGGCGAACGGUUAACGUAUGAUCGGUGGACCAAAAACGAGCCAAACAAUGCGAUGCACGAUAACUGCACGUACGAGCAUUGUGUCGUGCUGGAAUACUUUCAACCGUGGUCGAUCAACUACACCUUCGACGAUCGGCAGUGUGGGGCGGAAAACUUUUUCAUGUGCGAAACACUGUACGAUUAG